CGGAAUGUUCGUCUGUGCUGUUGUCAUAUGGAUCUAUUAAAAUAACGUUACUUUCGCUUCUGGGCAUUUUCUGCGGAUUUUUGGUAUUUUUGGUAUUUUUGUGUCAGAUAUCGUGCAGUUUAUGAACGGAAUUAUCCAAAGAUGUAAUUUGUGAAGGAUUAGUUACGCAAAAGCCCAAAUUAUGUGACAAAAAGGUGAUCUUACGUGAGUGAGGAGAGUAUCCAUUAGCGGUUUUCCGUCUCAAUUUAGUUAUUUAUUUUAGUUAUAUCUAUGAAAGACGAUAUUAAUUAAACGUACAAAUCAAGCCGAACUGGACAUAUGUGCGUUAAAGUCCCCGUUAUAAUGCCUCUGGGCUGGGGGUCGUCACUGUUUCAUUAAAACAGGUUAUGUUCAGGUUGAGUAGGUUUUUCAGCGGAGUUCGGAAGUCGGUUUGGAGCGGCGCAGGAGUCAUGCCGAAGGGGAAGUUUUACUACGCGGUGAGGAAAGGACUCAAGCCUGGAGUCUACAAAACAUGGGAUGAAUGUAAAACGCAGGUGGACAAGUUUCCCGCUGCCGUCUUUAAAAAGUUCCCGACAGAAAAAGAUGCCUGGGCUUUUGUCCGGGGAGAGAAUCCCAUUGUUUCACCUCCCAAACCAGAGACAGCUCAAAUUUCCGACCCGGCUCCUGCAGUUCUGCCCAAACGAGGCCCGGAGCCACUGCAGUACAUCCCUCUCGGACCCAAGAGGCGCCACAGAGGAGAGGAGGAGCAGGAAACACCCCAGAAAAGAGCCAAGCAAGAGGCCACCAGCUCCAGCGACUUCACUUAUAUGGGGGACAGUGUAGUGGUGUACACUGACGGCUGCUGCUCAUCGAAUGGGAAGAGUUCAGCGCAGGCAGGGAUUGGCGUUUACUGGGGCCCGUACCACCCACUGAACGUGUCGGAGCGACUGGAGGGACGACAGACCAAUCAGAGAGCAGAGAUCCAGGCGGCCUGCAGAGCGUUGGAGCUGGCCAAAGCGAACAACAUCCACAAACUAGUGCUGUACACGGACAGCAAGUUCACCAUCAAUGGUGUGACCAGUUGGGUGAAGAGCUGGAAACUAAAUGGCUGGAGACUCAAAUCUGGGGGAGAGAUCGUCAACAAAGAAGACUUCAUCAAACUGGACCAACUAAACUCUGAGCUGCAGGUCACAUGGCUGCACAUACCUGGACACGCAGGUUAUCAUGGAAACGAGGAGGCAGAUCGUCUGUCCCGAGAGGGCGCAGCUAAACGACCAAGCAGAGACAAGUAUGAUGACUUCUAAGAAAACACUUUAUUCCUCCUGUUUUUGUUUAUUUUUAAAUAAAGUUACAUGUUCCAAUUCAGCUGGGUCGCUUUGGAACAUUAUAAGAUGAAUGUUUGAUUGUAAAUAACUGAUACUUAAAUGUAUUUCAAUUGCUUGUUACCAUACCAUAAUUGUUUGUUUGCACAUGGUUCUUGUU